CUACUCCCGCGAUGCCUCGCCCAGCUACGACUACCGCGGGGGCCACGACCGGGAGCGUGAGGACUCGUACCGGAGGAAAGGCAGCAGGCGUAAGCACAAACGAAGGCGGCGUAGAACCAGGUCCUAUAGCCCAUCGUCCUCGCCCCAGGAUUGGGUAAGUAUGAACUCCUUUGUUUUAUGUUCUUCUUUUUGUUGACGUUUUGUCUUUUUUGAUAGUGAUAGUCCAAGUCUUGGCUUUCAGUGUUAGCCCCAUCUGUAACAUUAAAUAGUGAGGCUCAAUCCAAUAUACAUUAAUGGUAAUACACUCAGUGAAUAGCUUUGUUGGGAGAGCCUCUGUAAUUAAUAUCUCAUAACUUUCAUCCAUUCUUUAUCUUGCUGUAUCUGCACACCUAUAUAACUCUUUCAACACAGUUUAGAUGUCAAAAAUGAAAGCAUAUAAAGCUGUUUCAUAAUUUCAGCUCUUUUUCAUCUUAUUUCCAGUCUCCCAUUAGAGCACCAUUUUCUUUGGAGAUGUUAUGGAUGUAAUAGUUGUGAAUUAGCAAUGCCUUUACUCAUGUGCUCUUCUAUGAGUAAAUGUUGAUGCAGGUUGCUUUUUGUGACUUUUUGUCAGGGUUGCUAGGCAGAGGGAUGAGGGGAGUUUGAAAGCAAGAAGGGAGGGGUAAAAUGUUAUCUUUGACUUGAUCCCUUGCACUAUAUCCCUAUCGUUAUAUAUAUCUUCUCACGUGGUGUCAUACGAAUCGCCCCAUGACCACCAAACCUACCUACAACAACUACAACACUGCUCAUCUUCGACGCCGUGGCUACGGCUGCCCCCCUCCACUCUCCCCGCUCCGCCCACCUCCCCUCCUCCCUCUGCGGUCGUGGCGUGACCUCUGACCUGUGACCCUGGCCGGGGCCGAAGCAGCGGAGUGACAGCGGGACGAGGGCACUGUGUGUGAGGGACGACGAGGAGGGUCACCUGAUCUGUCGGAGUGGCGACGUCCUGCAAGAGAGAUGUACACACUGCCACUACUACUACUCCUCUACUCCUAUAUCGUAACCUUUCUCCCUAUCAGUACCAGCACACAGCAGACACACACAGGGUAGGGCAGGAGGUCAUGAUCAUGAUGUUGGUGGUGAUGAUGAUGCUGUCGUAGAAUGUUCUCCCCUUUUGCCGGAACAGGCAAGGGGGGAAGGCAUGUCCAACAUGUCUUUAAUAGCUCCUUUAUUUAUUCUUCUCAGUGGGGUUGGGCUGUUUGUGUUGCUGUGUAGAAGAAUUAUGAUCCUUUUUAAUUCGUGCCGGCCAGGUUCCCAGAUUUAGCUUUUCCACGUCUCCAUAAUGUGCGUUUUAUUCUGGUCAAGAUUCACAUUGCGCCUAUGCUGUCAGUCAUUUAGAUUUAAGGAUACGAUUGCACUGUGACAUUCACAAUAUUUCCAUAGUUGCUGUGCGUGUCAUUUUUCAUAGAAUUUAAAAUAAUUUUUCGUUUUUGAAUUAGCUUAAAGCAGUCCCAUAGUUUAAAAAUCGUUUAGUGAUUUUUUUUUUUUUUUUUUUUUUUUGUGAUCUAAUAUUUUUUAAAAACAGAAAUGUAGACUAUUUUUGUUGUUGGAAAAACGUAACGUUUUUUUCUGACCAUGUUUACAUUAUUCCUUUCAUCAAGUUUGUGCAUAUUGCCACUUGUCAGAUUUUUUACUUUUUUUUUUUUUUUAGGUUAACCCGUAUAGAUAGUCACAGUUUUGGUUAUAAAUGUGAUUUUAGGAAGCUUGUUUAGGAUGGCUCUUUAAAUACGCUGUCUAAUUGCUCUCUUUACAUCUCCCCUCCCCUUUCUCUACAUCUUUUUCCUUCUAUUUGUCUCUUAGAUGAGAUUGUCAGCACUUUGGGCGAGGGCACCUUCGGGAGGGUGAUGCAAUGUAUUGAUCAUCGCAGGGGUGGAGCACACAUCGCUCUGAAGAUCAUCAAAAAUGUGGAGAAGUACAAAGAGGCAGCCCGGCUAGAGAUCAACGUACUGGAACGAAUCAAUGAGAAAGAUCCUGAGAAUAAGAAUCUGUGUGUCCAGAUGUUUGACUGGUUCGACUAUCAUGGCCAUAUGUGUAUCAGUUUUGAGCUGUUGGCUCUCAGCACUUUUGAUUUCCUCAAAGAAAACAAUUACCUGCCCUACUCCAUCAGUCAAGUGCGUCAUAUGGCCUACCAGAUCUGCCUAGCUGUCAAGUUUUUGCAUGAAAACAAAUUGACCCACACAGACCUGAAACCAGAAAACAUUUUAUUUGUCAACUCUGACUUCACAAUCACAUACAACGUGGAGAAGAAGCGAGAUGAGCGUACUGUGAAGAACACGGCGGUGAGGGUGGUGGAUUUUGGCAGCGCAACAUUUGACCACGAGCACCACAGCACCAUUGUUUCUACCAGGCACUACAGAGCACCUGAAGUUAUUCUAGAAUUGGGCUGGAGUCAGCCGUGUGACGUGUGGAGUAUAGGCUGCAUACUCUUUGAGUACUACCUCGGUUUCACUCUCUUCCAGACUCAUGAUAAUCGGGAGCAUUUAGCCAUGAUGGAGAGAAUUUCGGGCCCUGUUCCUUCCCGUAUGAUUCGUAAGACUAGGAAACAGAAAUACUUUUAUCGUGGACGUCUGGACUGGGACGAGAACUCUUCAGCAGGAAGAUACGUCAGAGAAAACUGCAAACCUUUACGGAGAUAUCUUCUUUCUGAAGCUGAAGAGCAUCACCAGCUGUUCGAUCUGAUCGAGGCCAUGCUGGAGUACGAGCCGACGAAGCGUCUCACUCUGGCUGCAGCCCUGAGACAUCCUUUCUUUCAGAGCACCAUCUGCAGCGCUGACCAGAGCUCCGGCAAGAGCUGGGAGGGCAACCGCGACAUCAGUCGGUGACAGUGACAUUCGUCUUCAACCAGCAUCUCUGUCUUACGCCAAAAAACCCUGAGGACUCGCAUGCCAAGAGAGAUACCAUGGGGCUGAACUGACUUUGCAAAAAAGUUUUCUAAUGCAAGAGAAGUUAAAUAAAGCUGAAGUAUAUGAUUUCUCAAUCAUCUUCCCAUAAUGUGAGAACCGCUCCGUGUGCAGCGGGAGAAUGUGAGGAACUUGGGACAUCUAGAAGAUCGCAGUAAAGUGUCAUGCUUGUGUGAUUGAUUGGACAUUUGAAGGGUUUUUGAAUAAAUACUCCCUUCAAGUUCAGUUCUUCCAGCCAAUUGUGGCUAAUGAUAUUUUUGGACAGUCAUAAGCAGAGGAAAAUGUAUUUGAUGGGUGGGAAAAAAGCAUUAACGUAACACUCCAUUUGAGAAAGUAACCGACAAAACAGCAUCACUCUUACAAUAUAGUUAUUCAUCGGGCAAAUCUGUUUUGUGCAUUUGAGCCCUUAGCUGGUAAUCACAGAUGCAUCGCAACACACACACUGUUUGUAUUCAGUUCAAUUCAAACCAAGUUACAGAGCAGCAGUGUUCUGGUGAGUUUGUCCCUCAGCACACGUUUACAGUAUUUAUUUAGUGAACCGGACGUCAUAUUUUGUGUCUUUGUAUGGAUUUGAUUGUAUAAAUUUGUAAAUACGAAUAGAAAUAUGUUGUGACUAUAGAAUAAAGGGCCUGUCUGUUUGCUUGCUGUGAAUGUUUUCACAUCGGCUCUCCAGGCCAAAUGUUUUUACAAUCACAUCAUUCUUGUAAUGUUGUUUCUAUAUUGACUGUAUGUGUGCAGAUGAUAUACUUUGCUGAAAUGAAAUUAAAAUUUUGGCACUUAA